AUGAAUGGAAAAGUACUCACCGGCACCUUCACUUCUGCACUAUUUGCGUCCUCAGCACAAAAUGUUGAGAAUCUCUGUCCUCGGCAUAAUCCGGUUUCAAUGGUCGCCCAUACCCUCACACACUUCAAGCUAUGCGACGUUCUGGUCGAGCAUGCAAAGAAUAUCAACGAGAUGAAUGCAAAUGCUUUCAUCUCCAGAAUGGAACCAAGAAGCGAUUACAUGAAACUCUCUGGCAUCCCAGAUCAGCAAAGUGUUGGCCAUUCCCAAGUUUCUUCAAGUGAAAACUUCAACAGCAUCAAGACAAGCAGGAGGAGGAGAAGGCAGAGCGAAAGGGUUGAGGAUGUCUCAAAGUUUAAUUUUGGGACGGUUAGCCUUGGCAAUGAAAGCACAUACGAAAGGAACUUCAUCUACAUCUACAUCUACAUCUACAUCUACAUCUACAUCUACAUCUACAUCUACAUCUACAUCUACAUCUACAUCUACAUCUACAUCUACAUCUACAUCUACAUCUACAUCUACAUCUACAUCUACAUCUACAUCUACAUCUACAUCUACAUCUACAUCUACAUCUACAUCUACAUCUACAUCUACAUCUUCAUCUACAUCUACAUCUACAUCUACAUCUACAUCUACAUCUACAUCUACAUCUACAUCUACAUCUACAUCUACAGCUACAGCUACAUCGCCAUCCCCUUCUCCAUCUACAGCUACAGCUACAGCUACAAUGGGCACAUGGGACCCUAUCACAAGAUAUCAAGGUGA